GCCCUCUAUUUACAGAAUAUUUGAAAUUUUUUUAACCCAAAUCUGACGUCUCCAAUUCCAAUAAAGAUUUAUGUAGUUUUUUAAAAAAUUCCAGAUAAUUUGAGAACAUAGAACCAUCGUAAACUAUAUAAGGUAUUCAAGUAAUAACACGCAUAAAGUCUUUGAAGUUUCAAAUGUUUCAAAUGCACAGUACAAGGGUAAUUUAUUUUGGUACAUGUUUUAGUUUGGUAAGAAACAUGGCUUGGAGGUCGCACGGGAAAAAUAACGCUGAACUGGUCAGAAAUCUAAAGACUAAUGGAAUUAUACAGUCCGAUGUGGUGGAACAGGCAAUGUUAUCAGUGGAUAGGGCGAAUUAUUGCAAAAAUAAUUCAUACAUGGACGCGCCACAAAGCAUAGGUUUUGGCGUAACCAUCAGUGCACCACAUAUGCAUGCACACGCAUUAGAAUUACUAAAAGAUCAGUUGGUUAAUGGAACUAGGGCCUUGGAUGUUGGGUCUGGCAGUGGAUAUUUAACAGCUUGUAUGGCUAAGGUGAUGGGAGACAAGGGAGUUGCUGUAGGUAUAGACCAUAUUCCAGAAUUAAACAAAGCAGCUGUGCAGAAUAUAACAAACGAUAAUCCGGCACUGCUGGAGUCGAAUAGAGUGCAUUUAGUAACAGGUGAUGGUAGACAGGGUUAUCAAGAGUAUUCUCCAUAUGAUGCGAUCCAUGUUGGAGCAGCUGCACCUGUCUUGCCCAAAGCAUUAGUUGACCAACUGAAGGUUGGUGGUAGACUAGUUAUACCCGUUGGACCUGCCGGUGGAGACCAACAAUUAGAACAAAUAGACAAACUACCCGAUGGAUCUCUAGAACGUAGGGUUCUCAUGGGCGUCGUCUAUGUACCCUUAACAGACAAAGACAACCAAUGGCCGAGAAGCUAUUGACAGAUCGGCAGUAGGUUUGCAUAUGGAUUUAUAAUAAUAACAGCCAUAUUUUUCUGUUUGAAAUACCUACACACUAAAAAGUAAAGCGGAAACAUUGAGAAAAAAAAGACAGACAGAUAUUUUGGACAUAAUAUAGUGACGAUAAUAAAAAUAAAAACACGUAUUUUCUCCAAAGAAUUUUUUAUAGCAUAUGAAGAGAGUUAUUUAUUCUUCCAAGAAGUCAGUGUUAGUGAAAUUUGUAUUGAAAAAAACAUAUAGUAAAAUCAAUAAAAGUUGGCUAGUACGUCAUCAAAAUAUUUGACGAAGGCAGGUCGCAGUGUUGCCACGGUUACUUUUUUUACUUUGAUUUUUGACAAGUGUCAGAUAAAAUUUGUAAUUUUGUAACAAAUUUUUUACUUCAAUUUUAGACACAGUACAGGGUGGGUCAAAUUCGACGCUUUUAAAGGGGAACAACCUU